AUGGCCAAGGCAUCCCUGCCGCUGCUCGUGCACGCCGUCGUCCUCGCCGCCUGCUUCUUUCACCCUUGCACGGCGCAGCCGCAGAGCCGCACCGAAAACAUCUCGACGAUCGAGGCCGCGGUCCGCGCCCGCGCUUCCGAGCUGCUCCGCGACACCGCCAACACGAGCCAGCUCGUCGACCUGCCCCUCCCGACCAACCUCUCCGCCGGCGCGGGCGUCGUCCGGGCCUGGGCGCUGCGCGUGCGCAGCAACGCGCUCUGGGCCGACGGCGUCAACGCCACGGGCUUCGCCAUCCCGCCGCGCGUCGUGCCGGUCCCGUUCGCGCGCCGCCUCACCAUCGUCUUCGAGCGCUUCGUGCGCAACUCCACGACGGCCGCGUUCGCCGCGCCGCGUCGGUACGCGCUGGCCGCGCCCGUGGCGGGCCUCCUCGCGUACGACGCGUCGGCGGGGCCCGACGCCCGGGUCUCGCUCCGGGCGUUCGGCGCGCCGGUGCGCGUCGAGUUCAAGGACGACCUAUCGGCGGAGAAGGGGUUCAUGUUCAACGCCACCACCGCGCGGUGCGUGACGUUCGCGGCCAGCGGGGAGGUCGUGGCCAUGCACGCCGUCGCCGCGUCGGGCUCCGCGUGCCCGGUCACCGGCACGGGCCACUUCGGCAUCGCGGUGCGGCUGCCCGAGACGCCGCCGCCGCCGCCGCCAGCCUCGGCCGUGAGAGCCAGGUGGUGGGCGUGGACGGUGGGCGUCGGCGCUGGUGGGGUGCUGGGAGCCAGCGUGUUGGCGCUCUCUGUGGCCGGCGCGGUGAGCUGGAGCAGGAGGCGGCGAAGGGAGGAGAUGGAGCGGCGGGCGAUGGCUGGGGAGGAGCUCGGGAGGAUGACGGUGCGCGGGAGCAGGAUGCCGUCGGCGAAGGUGGUAAGGACGCGGCCGGAGUUGGAGGAGCGCAGCCCGCAGUGGUAG